AUGGACGUGUGGGGCCCAGCCCGCGUCCGUGGACAGGGUCAGGAGCGCUACUUCCUGCUAGUGGUUGACGACUACUCGCGUUACACCACAGUCUUCCCCUUGCGCAGCAAGGGUGAGGUCACUCAGGUGUUGAUCGACUGGAUCCGCGCAGCUCGUCUUCAGCUUCGGAGAAGCUUUGGCUCUGACUUCCCUGUCUUGCGUCUGCACUCGGACAGAGGCGGAGAGUUCUCCUCGGCCAUCCUGAGUGCCUACUGUCGUGUGCGAGGCAUCCGUCAGACCUUCACGCUUCCGGACUCACCACAGCAGAAUGGGAUCGCUGAGCGCCGCAUCGGCAUGGUCAUGGACGUCGCUCGUACGUCCAUGAUGCAUGCGGCUGCUCCCCAUUUUCUGUGGCCGUUUGCGGUCAGGUACGCUGCGCACCAGAUCAACCUCCACCCCAGGGUCUCUCGACCGGAGACCUCCCCAGCUCUGUUGUGGACGGGGAAGGUUGGCGAUGCGUCGGCGUUCCGGGUCUGGGGAUCUCGGGCGUUUGUUCGCGACCUGUCUGCGGACAAGCUGUCCCCUCGUGCUUCUCCCUGCGUCUUCCUGGGGUUCCCCCCCGACGCCCCUGGGUGGCAGUUUUACCACCCCACCUCUCGACGUGUUCUGUCCUCCCAGGACGUCACAUUCGACGAGUCGGUACCCUACUACCGCCUCUUCCCCUACCGCACUCCGUCCCUCCCCCCACCCCCGCUCUUCUUGGUACCAGGUCCCCCCCCAGUAGCCCCCCUCCCCCCUCAGGGUCCUGCCCCUUCAGGUGUGUCUCAGGUAGACGCGGUCGAGCCUGUCGAGGUCACUGGUGACUCCGGUGCUGCUGCGGGAGCUGAGCCUGGGGGUGCGGAGUCUAGGGGUGCUGAGCCUGGGGGUGCUGAGCCUGGGGGUGCGGAGUCUGGGGGUGCUGGGCCUGGGGGUGCUGAGCCUGGGGGUGCUGAGCCUGGGGGUGCUGUGUCUGGGGGUACUGAGCCUGGGGGUGCUGAGCCUGGAGGUGCCGAGCCUGGAGGUGCUGUGCCUGGGGGUGCUUCGUCUCGCCGGGAGCCGCUCUCUCCACAGGAGCUGCGUGAGUGGUUUGCUCGGCGCUGGAGGCGUGCCGCUGGUGCUGGUGGUUCUUCGGCUGCGGAGGGCGCUGCUGCCACGCGACCUGGCGGUGCUCGUCCUGUGGGUGCUGGAGCUGCUGGGUCUGAGGGUUCUCCUGGAGCUGGUCCUGCUGAGGACGUUGGCGCUGAGCCUGCGGUUGGUGGUCCGACUGACGGUGCUCCUGGUGCUGCUGCUGGAGGUUCUGGAGCUUCUGGUGGUUCUGCUGGAGGUGCUGCUGGAGUGGGUGCUCCUGCCGGGGGUGCUGGUGCUGUUCCUGCUGUUUCUGGCGUCGCCGCGCGGCCCCGACCGUACUUCGUUCCGCUCCUGCAGCAGGUUCUUGGUCUUACACCUCCUCCUCCUCCCUUAGAGGGUCCGCAGCCUGUCCGGUCACAGCCACAGCUACAGCCUGCCUCCCCUUUGCCUGCUCCUUCUCCCUACGCUGGUCCGACUGGAGGUCUUACUGAGCGUCGUGAGCCUGCGUCUCGUCCUGCGUCGCCUGUUCGUACUGAGCGCGCUAGUGGUCGCGGGUCGCGUCAGCGUCCUCCUCCUGUCCCUGGCACGCACCGGAUGUCACUGCGUCCGUCCACUGCUCCUCUGCGUGCCCCUUUGCCUUCUCCUCCUGCUUCCUCUCUUCCUGCUCUUGCCGACCCGGAGUCGGACUCUCUUCGUGCUGCCAGUCCUACUGUCACGCGUCUCCUUGCUACUGCUGUCACUGACCCUUCCUUCGAGUCGUCUGCUGCGUCUUCCCUUGUCACUGAGCUUGUCGACUUUGCUGCGCGCUGUCGUCUAGACUACGCUGCUCGUCUUGUCGCUGAGUCUGAGUCCGCCUGUCCUCCGUCCGUCGGGGGUGAGUGUGCCCUUGGCACGGACGUCCUAGAGGACAGGCAGGAGGAGUUCCAGUGUCUAGCCGCUGCUUCACCUCGUCUCGCGUCUGUACUGCUAGCCCCUGAGGGAGACCCGGAUGCACUAGACAUCCCGACUCCGCGUUCUUACGCGGAGGCCGUAGAGGGUCCCUACUCCUCUCAGUGGCAGGCAGCUAUGGAUGCAGAGAUGGCUUCCUGGAAGUCCACAGGCACCUACGUUGACGCGGUUCCCCCUCCUGGGGCGAACAUCGUCAGUGGCAUGUGGAUCUUCAGGGUGAAGCGGCCGCCGGGCUCGCCGCCUGUCUUCAAGGCGCGUUACGUGGCUCGUGGCUUCAGUCAGCGGCAGGGAGUUGACUACUUUCAGACCUUCUCUCCCACCCCGAAGAUGACCACUCUUCGGGUGCUGCUGCACAUUGCCGCUCAGCGCGACUACGAGCUUCACUCUCUCGACUUCAGCACUGCGUUCCUGCAGGUCUACGGUCUCCGCCAGGCACCGCGUGAGUGGCACGACACACUGAGGACUACGCUUGCGGCUCUUGGGUUUGCUCCUUCUACUGCUGACCCGUCGCUGUUUCUUCGCACCGACACUUCCCUGCCGCCGUUCUACAUCCUCGUGUACGUCGACGACUUGGUCUUUGCCACAGCGGACACUGCUGGACUCGCCUACGUGAAGUCCGAGCUGCUGAAGAGACACACGUGCACAGACCUGGGUGAACUGCGCAGCUACCUUGGCUUGCAGAUCACUCGGGACAGAGCACGCCGCACCAUUACCCUGACUCAGUCACACAUGGUGCAGCAGGUCCUUCAGCGCUUCGGCUUCACGUACUCCUCGCCUCAGGCCACUCCUCUGCCUACUCGCCACUCACUCUCAGCUCUGCCUUCGGAUGAGUCCGUAGAGUCGAGUGGUCCGUAUGCAGAGCUUGUUGGCUGCCUCAUGUACCUGAUGACCUGCACACGACCUGACCUUGCAUACCCUCUGAGCAUCCUUGCACGCUAUGUUGCUCCUGGGAGACACCGACCAGAGCACAUGGCUGCAGCGAAGAGGGUAUUGCGCUACCUGUGCAGUACGUCGGGCAUGGGGCUAGUGCUUGGAGGGCGGAGUCCAGUGGUCCUUACUGGGCACGCAGACGCUUCUUGGGCUGACGACCAGGCUACGCAGCGGUCGUCACAGGGUUACACCUUCAGCCUUGGUUCCGGCUCUGUCUCGUGGCGGUCUACUCGCUCGUCUUCGGUUCUCGGCUCCAGUUGUGAGGCUGAGAUCUACGCCGGGGCCAUGGCUGCACAGGAGCUUCGCUGGCUCACCUACCUGCUGACUGACCUUGGAGAGCUGCCUCGUUCUCCUCCAGUGCUGUACGUAGACAACAAGGCCAUGUUGGCCUUGUGUCGAGAGCAGCGCUUGGAGCACAGAACGAAGCACAUUGCUCUCCGCUACUUCCUUGCUCGUGAGCUGCAGCAGCGUGGUCAGUUGCGACUUGCUUACGUGGCCUCUGAGGCCAACACUGCUGAUGUGUUCACCAAGGCACUUGCGCCUUGCGACCAUCAGCGCUUUUGUACCCAGCUGGGUCUUGUACCUGUCUUGCCUCACUUGCUCUCUUCUUGA